GGGUAGUUUCUUUGGAAGAAGUGAAGAACAAUGAUAAGAUUGAGAUCCAAAAUUUGCACCACACAUACAGUCAUACAAACAUAUACUGCUAAAAGCAACUGGGAUAUGGUUGGAGAAGAUUUUACCAAUGCAGUGAUGGAGUUCUUUGAGAAAGGAAAGAUCCUCAAACAAAUCAACCAUACUAGUAUAGCCUUGAUUCCUAAAAGCAAUCAUGAAGCCUCUGCUACUGAUUUUAGGCCCAUUUCAUGUGCUAAUGUGACAUACAAAACAAUUUCUAAGAUUUUGGCGGUUAGGAUGGCACCUAUUCUGUCAGAAAUUAUUAAUCCAGCUCAGAGUGCCUUUGUUGAAGGGAGGGGAAUUACAGACAACAUCUUUUUGGCCCAAGAACUUGUGAGAGGAUAUGCUAGAAAGUCAAUAUCCCCGAGAUGCCUUUUAAAGGUGGACUUGAAGAAAGCGUAUGAUACCAUAUGUUGGGAUUUUUUAAAGGAUGCUCUAACAGUGCUUGGCUUUCCUUCUAUUUUUGUGGGCUGGAUAUGGGAAUGUAUCAGUACCCC